UAGGGCUCGAGCGAAGCUAUUAGCGAUGGAGGCCAAGGAUCCGUUCGCGAUCCUCUGCGACAAGCUCCAGGCGCCCCAUCCUCUCCUCCAGCGCGUUGCGGUGAGCUCAAUAUUCCAGCGCUUUGCAGCGGCGCCAGAUGCGGCAUUGAUGAUGUCGCAAGCGGGAUCCGGCAAGGAAGCGCUGAUGCGAUGUCUCGCGUCGCAGAACCCCUGCAUUGUCGAUCAGAGCGUCCGGGAGCUGUGUAGGAUUGCGAAAUCGGGCGGGAUUUCGCUCGGCCAGGCGGUGAUGAUCUUGCAAGCGUCGCUGGAUUCAGUGACGUCGUCCAUCUCGCUACAUGUUUUGGUUUGCGGGAUUGGAUUCCUUUGCCAGCUCCAUGUUGCUGGCCAUGACAAUUCGAUCACAGUUCAUCCUCUUCUCAAGGCUCUACAAUCUCGUGAAGAAACAUCCUCGUCGAUCAUCCAGCAAGUUCGUCUCGUUCUACUGCACGCGAGUGACCAUCAACGUGCCAUGCAGUUCAUCCAGCCGUUUCUCACGCGUGUUUUUUUCGAUCCGUCGCGAAUGAGGAGCAGUUUUGCUCGAGGGCUUCACUCGAAUCUCUGUGCGAUUGCCAUCUCCCGUCCCUGUUUGGCUCCUGGAUUGAUGAAGCUACUGAUUCAGUAUGCCCAGUCUCGUUUCCUUGAGACUCCCCAGGAUAUAGAAUUUCUAUGCGAGGGGAUUCAAGAACUCAUGGAUUUGCUCGAGGAAAGCUCGCAUUUCUCCGAAAUGGAGGAUUUUACCAGUCCAAUACUGGAGCUUUUGUUCGGGCUAUGGCAUGAGAGCAAAACACAUUCCCUGCCGUCUCUGCCAUUUGUCUGCCUUGUGCGAAGGAUAAGUCUUCUUCCGAGCAAACCUCAGAGGCUGGAUGUCUACUUGGCGUCCUUGGCUUACCUUCUGGCUAUAUCAGAAUUAGAGCAAGAACAACUUUCGAUACUUGCUCUUGCACAGACUUGGCUCGAAAAAGAUUCCAACUUCACUUUACAGUCGUUGUUAUUCUGGAUAUUUCCGACGUUGCACAUAUUAACCUCGCCAUCUAGCCUUUUGAAACAAGCAGCUACCUCGCUGCUUAAGAAGAUCGAUCGUCUCUUAAGUGAUGGAAGUUUGCUGAACGUAAAAGCUGGUAAGAGUGAGAGCAUGCAGCUGGGAGGACUGGCCUAUGAGCUGUUAUGCUCCCUGUGGACAAAGGAAGCUGACGUUGAAGCGUGGUUUAAGACGCUCACGACUCAUCUGAGUGAUUCUGAUUUUCCCAUGCUACUCGCCAUCUUGACGACUGCCCUGACAUUUCACCCUUCGUCAAAGAUCUCUGGUUUUGCCAUCAAUAUGUUGGCUUUAUUAGGACAACAUCACGCUGUAUGGGGAAUAUCAUUGUUUCCCGUCUUUCUGUUCUCUUUGAAGUAUCACCAACGACAUGACGUGAACACAAAUGUGGUGAUAGCUUUUUUGAACGCUCUUCCGGAUAUAUGUGGUCAUCCAACCACCGUGCCAUUGAGCAUGCAUUUGCUUCAGCAUAUGGUGGACUAUAAGGGAAAUUUGCGUAUUCAAGCAACAUCUAUCCGAUUGAUCUAUAAGAUCUGGCAACAUACGGAUCGUGCAUAUUCCUUCUUACAGAAAACAUUAGUACCGUCAUGGUUUUCUCAAGCCAAAGAGGAAACAGAUGUACUACUGAGCAGAGCGACAUCACUGAGGGAUCUGUGUGGUCAUGAUCCCGAUGUGGGUAUAGAGCUUAUUUUAUCAGUACAGGCUUGCGUAGAGUGCAGGUCACCUGUUGUCAAGGCGCUGGGAUUGCAGAGUCUCUCGUUUCUCUGUGGCCACGAUGCUAUCGAUUUUUACACGGCUUGGAAGGUGAUUGCGAAAUUAUUUUCACCUCUUCCGAUAAGCCCUUCGAUUUCUGAAAGUUUUUGCAUGUUGCUUAAGCAUGGAGCUCUCGAUGCCAAUCUGAAUGCUGAAGAUGCCCAUGCAGUAUUGAAUGCGCUCUGGGAAUUUGCUUCAUGUGACAAGCAGCCAUCUGAAGAGUGGUAUCGAACGAGAUCAGCAGCUGUAGAAUCGCUUUGUGAAUACGAGGUGGAGCUACUCAAAGAGACUAUGGUAAAUGAAGGAAAGCAUGUGGAUAUACUUCUACGCGGGGCCAGUACUGCCGCUAAAUACCAAUGCGAGAGACUUGUUGCCAAGUUUCUUGACUACGAGCAUAAAACGCGGCAAAGAGCUACUACUGAGAAGGUUAUCAUGUCGAAGCUUGAAAAGAUGCUAGAAAGCAUUCCUCGUACAUUUACCAGCUCGACUCAAAACGACUAUCCAGGCUCGCUCUUAUUUUUUUGGAAUGCAAGCCGAGGGAGUUUAGCAACGGCGAAGAAAUCGGCUUUGAGGGUCGAAGACGAAGGCCUCAAGAGCGUAUUCUUCGAAGUCGCAAAAACCUUAAAUGUUUCCGGAGAUUUGAUCAUGGUGUUAAUUUCGCUGUUCUCUUGGUCCUGCUUCAUGCAUCAGUGGCUAAAAAUCGGCUGUCAACUCCAUGGAAACGCUGAAGUAGCGUGUGAACAUAUAGUCAAGGCCUGUAUUGAUGCUUCUGAGGAAGGGAUCCCACGAGUUGCUGAAAACUCAACUCUUGCUUUGGCAGCAUUUUCCCGGUCGUUACGCCAACCUAGUUUGGCAUCAAGUUCUGUUGCAAGAUAUCUUGAGUCAAGAAUAUCGUCUUUGGAGCAUCAAUCUGCGCAAUGCUCGGCAGCCGUGUCCCUCGGAGUGCUGACAACUUCCUUGCAUCCCACAGACUGGGAUGUUAAAGCUAAUGCAGUGCGCUUGCUGAUACAGUCUGCAACCGAGGCCGACAACGCAUUUGUCGUCGGGUCAGCUGCUACGGGGCUCGGAAUCGCUUGCCAAAGCCUGUUCUUGUCAGAAUUUUCCAGCAUGGGCAGCUCGAAAGAAUGCGCGUUGCUGUCCGACAUUGUACACUGCGUUUUGAAGCUGCUUGCUCUCCGCUGUCCCCAGAUUUUCUCGACAAUGUUGGCACUAUCUCAAGACAGCUUUUUUACAACAGAGGUGUUCACUCAGGAAACGAACGUGAAAGAUUCAAGGAAUGAGGAGGAUGACCUUUGGGCUAUAGUGGGUCUGGUAUGGGCCUUGGGAAAGUCGGUGACGCCCCUCGGCAAAGCAGGAAAGACAACGCUGGUAAAACGUAUCACUCAAGCAGUGUUCUCUUGGAUACCAGACUCUAUUGACGAAGUCGGAACGAUGUGUCUUGCAACAGGCGCUUCUUUGGUGCUCCCGACGUGCGUGGAAGCAUCGGACAGGCUUGAGCUACUAGAGUCGGCGGAGAUAGAGUCACUAUUGAGCCGGCUCGGUAGUUUCGUGCGGCAGAUCGUCGACUUGCCUCAGUCAAGGCGGAGCUCACAGCCUUGGCUUGCGCAUGUUUUCAAGGCUAGCUGCAUCGGUUAUGGAGGCCUUGUGGCAAAGGUUCUUCAGACAGGAGCACAUCCGCUGGCUCAGGAAACAGUGAGAGACUUGCUGGAAACUCUUCACAGAGGCUACACGCAGGUGGAAGAUGCGCAUUACUGUCUCGGAGCAAUGCUCGGGCUGGCAAACGCUCUUGGAGCUGGUGUUGCCUCAGAGUUCGAACCUCAAGGAGCCGAGCAACACGUAGUCUCUUCUUUACAAGCUGGAAACAAGGUGACAACUCCUCUUAUGUUCAGCAGUGCUCACGGGGGGACGCUGAGAACAAUGUUACAACAAAUAGUUCGCAUCUCUCAUUCAAGCGAAGGUGGCCGGUUGCGAGGCUACGCAAGGUGGUGCCUUGCUAUUAUGCACACUGCAUGGCUACGUGUGAGCCAAGGGCGGGUGUCAGCAGAAGGUAGUGAGCGGCCCACUAGAGCAAUAGUUCGUUGGAGCUAUCAGCCGGUUAGCUUGUCAAGUCUUCCAGCGCACAGCACCUUGCGUUUGCUGAGCGAGUGGCUGUCCAGCAUUGGAUUGACGAAGGUCGGUAUUCCAUGUGAUGAGGUCAUCAGUGUGAUGCGAUGCUUAGAAGAGGCUCCGAGACUCCCUAUGCUCGACUGGGGAGGUCUGAUACGUCGAAUCAUGCAGCACAAGGAAUGGUUUCUGCAGCCAUCGUCAGGUCCCGAUCAUGGAGACGUUAGAAAGCGGUGCUUGAUCUUCUCUUUUCGUCAUGCCGACAAAGUUCCUCCUCUAGCAAGUGUUCUGGACGAGGUAUGUGAAGGCUCGAAGCUGGUCACUAUCGAAACAAGUUUGCGGACAGUCGUGCUGAGCCGUCUCGGUGACCUCCACAAAAUCUUCUCGCUAGCCCGCAUGGAGAAACUUCUAGCCGACGUUAUACAAGUACUUGGCAAACUCCAGACCGACGGUCGCGAAUGCAGAGUCGAAUGUUGGAAGGGACUUGCUAAGUUCUGGGCCACAGAUACAAGAGAUCUUCUCGUACACAUCGAGAGCUGCAUGAGACAGCUAAUAUCCAUGUCUCCAGCACGUUUUAUCGAUCACAACGACACGGAAGAGACCGAAAGAGAUACAAUGGAGUGGUCAGUAGCUCUGGAAUGCCUGAAACCCGCAAGGACGAGCUGGUUGCUAGACGUUUUCAAGAUCCAGGACGAAAGCUUUGGAAAGGUUGCGUUUGCAAGGUCUCGGCUGGCCGCUAUGAAAGUUCUCCCACUGUCGUCACUGAAAGUCGUGCGUUCUCGACUGCUAGACAGGCAGAUAACAGGACACUGGAUGCUAAUGACCGAAUGUGCAUUGGCUCUAAAGGACGCCCAGUUUGAAGAUAAGCAUGAGUGGUUACUGGAUACAAUAGACACAGCUUACGUAUCAAAGUUUCCCUCAACGGCCAUUUCGUUCAUGGCAUUGCUUACGAGCAUAUGGAGCCCCGACUCGUACCUCUUCACUCUGAGCGAGCCACAGAUAGUCCGUCAGCUUCCUCAUAGCUUGCAGAAGCUUUUGGCAGAGAAGAAAUGGAAUCAAAGCGCGCGAGUUGUGGCAAGUAGACUCUUCUCUGUGAUGGAACGAGUAGCCAAGCUGGGUGGAAGCAUGGAAGAAGGAAGUGUGGGAGAGGAGUUAAUUGGAGCAGUGGAAAGUGCAGCCAUCUCAAUUAGGGAGCAUGCCACUCCUGACUUGCUUGCAAAAGUGAGAAUGUCAUAGAUUUUGUAGUAAAAAAUGUUUAUUUCUUAAAAGGUUUCCUUUAAAAAUUAAUUGGUAAA